GUUUGAAUCAUCUCUUCAUCCUGGAAGCAUGCAUUGUUAAUGCAGCCUAACUGUUCGACGAAAUGUCUCAGUGAAAAGGCGGAAAACACAUGAUCAAAACCGCCCUGCAAUUUUUCAUCGAAUCUUACAAACACCAAAAUGUGGAGACGAAUCUCCUCCCAUCUCUCUCCUCUUCUUCAAACUCGCAACUCGUUUCUUCAUACAUAUGUAAAUCAGGUGCAAGGUGGAAUUUUGAAAGAGAAGUCACAAUUCAUAGCUUUUGUCCUGGGUGGCCCUGGAAGUGGGAAAGGUACGCAGUGUGAAAAGAUUGUGGAGACAUAUGGAUUUACACAUUUGAGUGCAGGAGACCUGUUAAGACACGAAAUAUCUUCUAAGAGUGAAAAUGGUUCUAUGAUUCUUGAAAUCAUCAAAGAGGGGAAAAUUGUUCCUUCAGAGGUUACAGUUAAGUUGAUCCUGAAGUCUAUCAGUUCUACAGAUAAUCACAAGUUCCUGAUUGAUGGAUUCCCACGAACUGAAGAGAAUCGGGUGGCAUAUGAACGGAUCAUUGGAGCAGAACCAAAUCUUGUGCUUUUCUUUGAUUGUCCUGAAGAAGUGAUGGUGAAAAGAAUCCUAAACCGUAAACAGGGAAGAAUUGAUGAUAAUGAUGAAACAGUCAAAACUCGUCUGAAAGUGUUCAAGGAACUAAGUCUUCCUGUUGUCAAAUACUACUCCAAGAAAGGAAUACUUCACACGAUUAAUGGAGAUAGAACAGAAGAUGAAAUAUCCAGUCAAGUUCGCGAGGUUUUGUCUGCAUAUGAGCCAAUAUUUAGAUGAUGGCAUGAUGAGGAGAAAUAAUAGUGAAGGAGAUCCUUGUUUUUUUCAAGAUGGAUCCUUCUUGGCACCUUUGAAGGUUUUCCGGCGACAUUUUUCAAUAUCGACAUUUAUAGCUUGCAGGAUAAUGCCGAAUCUUUCUCAAUACGAGAGGGAUCGAUACAUACUUUGGUAGUCGGAGCAAUCGCCAACUCCCAAUUCUGCUUCCAUCUCAAGUUUUAGUAAGUGGAUAAAAAUACCAGUUUUGAAACUGAAAAAUAAAUACUUUUUUGUAUAGCUUUUCAUUAUAUCUUUGGUACUUCCAUCUGCAUGAGUUCACUGCAGAUCUGUUUGUAACUGAAAACUGAUGCAGUGAUUAGCAUACAAUCAGAUCUGUAUUGCUAGGUGGAAUGAAUAUCUUUACUGAGACGCGAAUACUUCAUUUCUA